AUGAACACUUUCGGCGCAUCUCCCGGCCUGGUCGAGAGGUUGCCGGGGUGGACGGUGACGACGUCCGAAUGGCAGCUGCCAGCCGAUAUCAGUGCGUUUUGUGCGGAGUGGUCUAUCUGGCAGUAUAUAAUUACGUUUUUCCUCGGCCUGGUGAUUUAUGACGAAGUGUUGUACCUUCAUCGAAAAGGCUCCCUUCCCGGGCCUCGGUUCAAGUUCCCGCUCACGGGUCCCUUUGUCCAAGCACUGCAUCCAAGAUUCGAAGGUUAUCUUGAACAAUGGGCAAGCGGUCCUUUGAGCUGUGUUUCCAUCUUCCACAAAUUCAUCGUCCUUGUGUCAGACAGAGAACUCGCCCACAGAGUCUUCAAGUCCCCCCAAUACGCCGAGCCGUGCAUCGUGCCGCUCGCCAAAGACAUCAUCGGUCACAAAGCAUGGGUGUUCCUUCAGGGAAAAGCCCACGCCGAGUAUCGAAAGGGACUGGCACCCCUCUUCACCAACAAGGCUAUGGCCACUUACUUUCCGGCCCAAGAAAAGGUGCUGGCCGAGUACUUUGAUAGAUUCGUCGCCGCCAGCGCUGCCAACCACGGCCGGCCCAUUGCUUUCAUGACCAUGUUCCGCGAGAUCAACUGCGCACUCUCGUGCCGCGCCUUCUUCGGCGACUACAUCACCCCCCCAGCCGUCGAGAAAAUCGCCAAUGACUUCUACCACGCAACCGCCGCCCUCGAGCUUGUCAACGUGCCUCUUUCCAUCUACAUCCCUUUCACCAAACCCUGGCGCGGCAAGCGGACAGCCGACGCCGUCCACGCCGAGUUCGCCAAGUGCGCCGCCGCAUGCAAGCGCAACAUGGCCACGGGCGCGGCCCCGACCUGCGUUGUCGAUCACUGGGUGCGACACAUGUUCGAGUCGAACCGCUACCGCGAGCGCAUCGCCUCCGGCGAGAUGGACAUUGAGAAGCCCGCCCACCUCAUCCGCGAGUUUACCAACGAUGAGAUAUCCGACACCCUCUUCACCUUCCUCUUCGCUUCACAAAACGCCUCUAGCAGCGCUACCACCUGGCUCUUCCAAAUCCUCGCCCAGCGCCCGGACGUGCUGGACCGUCUGCGUGAGGAGAACCUCACCGCGCGCGGCAGCGACAAGACCAAGCCGUUUGAUCUGCCUAUGCUCGAGUCCUUGUCCUACACGGCGGCCGUCAUCAAGGAAAUUCUCCGCCACCGACCACCCGUCAUCUUCGUCCCCUACUUGGCAACAAAGCCUUUUCCCAUUACCCCGCAAUACACGGUGCCCAAAGGCACCCUGGUCAUCCCCUCGUGCUAUCCCGCGCUACACGACCCCGAGGCCUACCCCAACCCAGACGUGUUCGACCCUGACCGGUGGAUUACGGGCGACGCCGAGAAGCAUACGAGGAAUUGGCUGGUGUUUGGUGCCGGAGCUCACGACUGCUUGGCUAGGAGGUAUGUGCCGCUUGUCAUGGCGGCAAUGAUUGGCAAGGCGGCGCUGGAGCUCGACUGGAAGCAUGUGCCGACGGAGAGAUCUGAGGAGAUCAAGGUUUUUGCCACGCUUUUUCCGAUGGAUGGGGCCCGGCUGGUAUUUACGAAACGGCCCUGA